UAGCCACGUGUCCACGAGAGUGGGAAAACUGGUUCCCAUUCGAAAAUCAUUUUGUCGCUUUGUGGAACCAUUAAAUUAUUUUUGAAAUUUAAAUGGCAGAAGUUCCAGAAAACAAAACCGGAGAAAGUGGAUUUUUUGUCAGAAAGUUAGAUAUUGGAUUGAUAUCACCUCUGACUCUGUACCAGAAAGAAGUCGGCAAUGUUAGCUGUGUAGUAUGGGACGCGGCGAUAGUACUCGCGAAAUAUUUAGAAGUAGAAAAUUCGCGGAAUAAGUCGUGGCUUAAAGGUAGUUCAGUUGUAGAACUUGGUGCAGGUCUAGGAUGCGUAGGGCUAACUGCUUCAUGUCUCGGUGCUCAUGUAACUAUCACUGACCUUCCUGAGAUUAUGCCAUUAAUGAGGCAUAAUAUAGAUGUCAACAGACACCUCUGGACACAAAGUGGUGGCAGCGCUACUGCUGAAAUUUUGUGUUGGGGUGAAGAAGUCAGUGAGGUCAAGGAAAUCAGUUUGUUACUCCUAGCAGAUUGUGUUUACUAUGAAGAGUCGGUAGAACCACUAUUUGAAACGAUCAAUGCACUAGCAGGACAUGAAACUGAAAUUAUUAUUUGUCAAGAGUUAAGAAGUUCUGAGCUUCAGAUUCAGCUAUGGAAGAAAUUUAUGCAGUUUCUAGAAGAAAAGUUUCAGAUGGUGCAUAUCAAAGAGUCAGAACAGCAUCCAGAGUUUCACAGUUUCGAUAUAUGUAUUCUCAGAGGAAAGAGAAAAUCUGUCUCACAAUAGGUACUGAGAAAAUAUUCUAAAUUGAAAUACCUCUGUCUUUCAAUUUAAAUGUCUCACAAUGUAAUUUGGAUUGUAGGAAUAUAAGAAGUCUUGCUACA